AUGGCAGAUGAGAUUAUGUGUAGGGCCUUCCUCACUACGCUAAAGGGCCCCGCAAGGAUUUGGUUCAGUAGGUUGAUACCUAAUUCCAUUGUUAUAUUUAAGGAGUUGAGUACCCAGUGUGCCUCACAAUUUAUCGAGGGGCACAAGUAUAAGAAAUCUAUUAUAUUCCUAAUGAGCAUUAAGCAAUGGGAGGAUGAGACACUGAGGUGUUACAUAGCCCGCUUUAACAAGGAGGCAUUCUCGAUCGAUGAAGUUGAUGACAAGAUACUCGUUGUCGCUUUCACGAAUAACCCGAAGACCAUGUCGGAUGUGCUCUAUAGGGCUACUAAAUACAUGAACAUGGAAGAUGCACUGCUGGCUUGUGAAGAAAAGCCCAAGAAAAGAGAAAGACAGGAGGAAUCACGACAAGAUAGGGGGCGAAAGAUGGCCAAGACAGGGGAUAGAAGGGAAGAUAGACGCUCCAAGCCUCCAACCGGAAGAUUCAUAAGCUUCACCCCUCUGGACACCCUGAUUGAUCAAGUCUUGAUGCAGAUCAAAGAUGAAAGGGCCCUGACAUUCCCUGGCAAGUUGAAGGGAGACCCCAGCAAGAGGUGUAGAGACAAGUACUGCCGUUUCCACCGCGAUCAUGUGCACGACACGUUUGAGUGCUAA